ACUGAGGCGGGGUCGCGCGAAGGGAUUGCGUAUCCUACAUGUCUUGUUGCGAAGCAGUCUGAGUCUCUUCCUCUUCCACCUAGUUUUUAAGGGGCGGGGAGUACUUGGGUGUUGCCUAUUUGUGUCGACCUCGACAGAGUCCAGUGGCUAAAAACAUCGGAUUAUUUUCAUUUUACAACCGUCUGGCCUUGUGUCUCUUGUGUCUCUUGCCCGUUGCCUCACCACCGAAAGGGAUCAGAAUACUUCAACCAUGGGAGUCGAAGGCUGCACUAAAUGUAUCAAAUACAUGCUUUUCUUCUUUAACUUCAUCUUCUGGCUCGCUGGAGGUGUGGUCCUGGGCGUGGCUCUGUGGCUUCGACAUGACAGCCACACCAGCAGCCUGCUAGAGUUGAAGUUUGACGGCCAACAAGCACCAACCACCUUCUUAAACAGUGUUCACAUCCUGAUCGCUGUUGGCGCAGUGAUGAUGGUUGUCGGGUUCCUCGGCUGCUAUGGUGCCAUUCAGGAGUCUCAGUGUCUUCUUGGAACAUUCUUUGCCUGCUUGGUGAUCCUGUUUGCUUGUGAGGUGGCAGCUGGAAUCUUUGGAUUCAUGCACAAAGAUUCGAUUUCCAAAGAGCUGAUUACCUUCUAUGACAAUGUGUACGAGAACUCUGUAGCAACCACUUUAACAGACCAGGACAAGGACAAGAAACAGGCUGCCGCUGCUGUGCUGAAGGUCUUCCAUGAGACGUUGGAAUGCUGUGGUAGGGGCAUCAGCAACCCGUUCACUACGUUAAUCACCCAAGGUUUUACAGACAUCUGCCCCAAGUCAGUCGCCGCUUCCACUACAGACUGUCAUGGAAAAAUCAGGGAGCUCUUUACCGAGAAGGUUUACCUGAUUGGCAUCGCUGCCCUGAUAGUUGCUAUUAUUAUGAUCUUUGAGAUGACCUUUAGUAUGGUCCUGUGCUGUGGGAUCCGCAACAGCCCGGUGUACUAAAGUCCAGGGGGGAAGAAGCAAGGGCUAGUGACCUCUGGAGAUACUAGCCAAUGACUGAAGGAAAAUAUUUAUCUUCCUUUAUUUUGUUUUUAUAGCCUGUCACUUCCUCAAAUAGUUGCUUGCCAAUUUUGUCAGUUGUACAAGAUCAAAAAUGCAUCUUCUCACACAGUUUUUGAUAAUACAGUACCAACUAUUCUUGUCAGUCACAGAUAGCUGUUCAGUAUUUUGACUAAUGUCAGUCUGUACAAAAUGUUGAGGUUUACAUUGGCAUGGCUUUUAAACACACACGCACACACACACAUGAAUACAGAUCCUGGAAUUCUUGUGUUAAUUGUGAAGUAUUGCCGUAUGCCAUGCUGGAGUCCAAAACAUUGUAUUCUGUUGGUUUAUCAAUCUCUUUUCAAAUGUAUAUGUAUAAACUGUAUAUAUAUGCAGUGCUUUAUGACUGUCAAGCAUGGGUAAUGUAUUGAAUCCCUUCUCCCCACAAUUUUCUGCACUCACUGCUUGUCUGCCUGAGUUUUCUCCAUAGAGAACAACCACUAACAGUGAAUGGAUACUAUUGAUUUGUCUGUCCCGUCUAAAACCAAGAUAAUAGAAGUGAUAGUUUGUGCUGUGCUUUUAUAACACCUACCAAUCCAAGCCAUAAAGAGACCCCAUGCUUCCAAGCCUUAUGAGUGGAAUAUCCCAUCCUCCCCAACAACACCUUGUUCCUGUUAAACUACAUUGAAUGUCCUGUCCUUAACCUAUUGCUGUGUACUAUGCAUACCUACAGAAACCUCACCUCUUGGGGUCCUAAGCUGGCGCAGCGUUAAAACGCACUGCACCACAGUGCUGAGGCGCCACUACAGCAUGGGGUUUGAUCCCAGACUGUCACAACCGGCCGUGACCGGGAGCCCCAUAGGACGGCGCACAAUUGGCCCAGUGCCGUUCGGGGUAGGGGAAGGUUUGGCUGGUGGGGCUUUCCUUGGCUCAUCUUGCUGUAGCGACUCCUUGUGACUGGUCUGGACGCCUGCAAGCUUACUCCAGUCAUCAGUCGAACGGCGUUUCCUCCGACACAUUGGUGCGGCUGGCAUCCGGGUUAAGAGAGCAGUGUGAUAAGAAGUAGGCAGCCAGAUGGGUCAUGUUUCGGAGGACGCAUGACUCAACCUUCACCUCUCCUGAGCCCGUUGCAGAGAUGAGCCAAAGGACCUAAUACGGGGUAAAAAAUACGCUUGUGGCCAUACCACCCUGAACACGCCUGUUCAGGGUCGGGCCUGGUUAGUACUGGGACGGCAGACCGCCUGGGAAUACCAGGUGCCAUAAACGCAAAAAAAAAGAUUAAGAAAAAAAAUAAAAAAUAAAUGUCACCUCUUCAGCCAUUCAGACAAAUCUAGUUUAUUUUCAAAGAAUACUUUUUACCCCUGCUUGUUAUACUCUGACAGUCAAACAUCUUAUUAUGCUGGGACUUGCCGGACAAUGUUGUAUCUGUGCUGUAUGAUGAUACUGUAUAAUACCACUGACCAUGCGGUUGUGAGAGGUUGAGUUUGUGUGUCAGGAAGUCCAAUACUGGCCAUGUCAACAAGUCAAGUCCACAACCAACCAACCACUAGGGGGCAGACCUGUUGUGAUGCUUCAUGGUAUUCCAUGGCUAUGGUUCCAAAGCCAGGGGGAGCUCUUGUCAUACGUUCUUGCUCCACUGUGACUAGGGUUGCCUGCUCAACUGCAAAGCACUUCUCGACCGGUUCCAUUUCAAUCUUCAGCUUCCCUUCAGAGUUUACAGAUUUGAAUCUGAUUUAUUAGAGGGCGAGGUGGAGCUAUCACCCUAUUAUCUACACCUAUCCAGUCCUUAUAGAUCUGUUAACACGGAAGGGGUAGAGGCUAGGGACUGAAGUGGAACCAGGCCCUUAACAUUCACCUAUAUACACACAUAAGCACUUAAACACUCACACAUACUCACUCCAUCAUCAUUUGUGUAGUCCUACAUAAUAGACUGUACGGCUUUCUAAGCCAACCAAAACCUAGUCUUGUUAACACAUAAUGCCUAUGCUGAUAUAUGGUUAAGUGUCUUGUAACAUGUACAGCUAUAUAUUAUUGUACUAAUGACCAUGUAAAGACAAUGUAGCUAUGCCUUUCAUUGUGAUAUUUUGUCUGGUACGUUGUCAAAAGAAAAAUGUGUGUCGGCUUCAGUGGCAGUGUGCAGGACUGAGAAUUCAGUUGAGUUACUAAAGGUUGGGAAGAUUAGCAUCAUGGCUGUAUAUGCUGUACAACACAAAGGUGAAGAGCAAUGCCAGCGAAAGAGUAUCUCUCUUUAGUAUCUAUGUCACUGCCCUACUGUAAAAACACUAUACACAAUGUAGUGACUGAGACGCAAUAGCCCGCUGCUGCUCAAAUCUGUGCCCUUUCUCUCCUGUUUUAGAUUUUGAUUUGGUUUUGUUGCCCAAGUAUUAAGGGAUUAAAUGUAUUUUACAAAUAAUAAAGGAAUAACCUGUCUUUUUCACAUCUUA